AUGUUUUUCAAGUCUCUGGACCUGACAACUGCUCUUCGGCCUUUGCUGUUACCUGACGAGACCCUUCUCUUUGUCCAGGAUGCGGUGGGAUUAUAUGAGGGGGCCCUUCUAACAAGGAAAUACAAAAUCCCUGAUUACCAGGAUGGCCAUGCCUAUUUAACAUCUCAUCGAGUAUGCUAUAUAUCAGCAGAUGAUCCGCGAAAACAUUGCGUGGCCAUUGAUCUGAAAGAGAUCGACCGUGCAGAAUAUCAGGCGGGGUUUUUGAAAUCAUCACCAAAGAUUACUAUCUACCCCAAACCACAAAAGAACAAGACAGACAAGUCGCGCAGCGCGACUUCCAGCCCGGCUGUACCCCCGCCAUCGGCGUCCCGCCCUAACAAAUCCUUAUCUCCUCUUCCGCAGUCGAUCAUAUCACAAGUCGCUUUACCUUCACCUUCACCUGCUCCCAUAAACGCAACGUGGAUUUGUCCCAUAUGCUCCUUUUCAAAUCCUGUUCCAUCGAAUUUCGAUCCAGCGACAGCGACCGCUGCAACGAAUCUGCCGCCCUGCCUAGCGUGUGGCAUCAAGCCACCAAUUACGACUGUUUUAAAGGCAGCAAUCAGCGCUGCUACCAGUCGAGACUCCCCUUUGCCCCGACCGAGCUCCGUACCCGCUGGCGAGAUUACGGGCUCUAAUACUGGUAACCAUACGUCGUCUCUUAAGGGAGAGUCUGUGUCUUGUCCUCGAUGCACAUUUGUCAACCAUCCAUCGCUCAGGGAGUGUGAAAUAUGUGCCGCGCCAUUACUAGGACAAAGCACUUCUAUUGGGAAUGGAGAUAGUCGUGUAGAUUCACCAGCCCCGUUUUAUGCGCAAUCGCGUAUCCCUAAUACGGAAGUGAGCGAGAGCAUCAAGCUUUCUUUCCGUAAUUGGGGCGAGAAAACAUUCCAUGAGAGAUUGAAGGGUGCACUGAUACAGCGAAAAUGGCUCCUUCAGAAUGCACCUCCAGUACCUCCACCGUCGCAAAGCUCCGCACAAAGCACACCUGGUGCUGUUAGUACUACACUAGAAAGUCCACAGCCAGCAGCUCCCCGAGUAACCGCCGUGGGAAUUGCGGGGCUGGAGCAACGAGGGUUAGAAGCACGCAUGAAUAAUCAACUAGUCAUUGGCAAUGCGUUUGAGGAUCUAGAAGCCCUCAUGGCCUCGGCCAAGCAGAUCGUUGCUCUCGCUGAAACCCUGGCACGGGAGUCCGGGAUGUCCACGAGCGAGGGCUCCGCCGAGACCCACGCGGUCUUAUCUGAAUCUGCAGCCGCAUUGGGUAUGGUGACUACGAAGGAUAUGCUGAAUUCUGGUUCGGAGAACCUUUAUCUAUCAGAACUAUCACGCAAUCUCGCCGAAUACCUCACUGAUGAUCGUAAGGGGAUCCUCCAGAGAGAAGGGGGUAUUAUGAGCCUCAUCGAUCUAUGGUCAGUCUUUAACCGGUCACGAAAUGGAGUGGAACUUGUCAGCCCAUCAGAUUUCCAACGUGCUGCGGAACUUUGGGAGAAGCUCAAAUUACCCGUGCGUCUACGACGAUUCAAAAGUGGGCUUUUGGUGGUUCAGCGAUAUGACUGGAGUGACGAGAAGACCGUAUGCCAACUACAACAGUGGAUGGAUGAGUUACGGCAAGUCCCACCGAAUGAACCCGUUCCGUGGGACUGGACGAUCUUUGGCCGGGCCGUUACUGCACAAGAAGCCGCUCAACGCUUUAUGUGGAGUGUUGGAGUGGCCGCUGAGGAACUCGAAAUGGCAGAGGACCGGGGGCUACUUUGCCGAGAGGAAGGCAUUGAGGGCCUACGGUUCUGGUGCAAUGGAUUGGUAACCGAUUUACUAUUUGAUAAGUCCAACGUUUAA